AUGGAUGACCUGAUUCCAAAUUUUGAGGCAAUGCUGGAUGAUCCAGGUUCUAAUUCGAAGAGGGUUCAAAACGGUAAGGCCAUGUGCACAAGGAGAAAUACAUCAGGCGUUGAGGACAAAGCAUGCCUACAGACGAGUGAUUCCUUCAAUGCCGAAAAAUCAGUUACAGGGACAACUGAACGGCUUGCAGAGAAUGCUCCUUUAUAUCAUGUUGCUGAAUCUCUCAUUGAUAAAAACUGCUCGGAUUCCCUUGCCCAUGUCAAUGUCAUUCCAGUGCUUGGCAAGAACAUGGAUCCUUCAUGGCCUAAACCAAAGGCAGAAGAAAGCUUUGCCAUUUCCAAUGGUAAUGGGAAGGUUAAUAAAAGAAUGAGCAACCAGGUUUUCGGAGGAAUCAUGGCAUUCAUAACGGGAACCAUAACCAUGAUUCGCUUGACCCGAAACAUGCAGUAUUGUAAUGUUUGA